UUUUUAGCUUGUAAAAUAUAUGAAGCAUGCAUAAAUAAUGCAUGCAUACUAUAAACAGAUCUAACAUCAAGGCUGUCCUUUUAACAACUAUGAGCAAAAUGAUUUCAACUGAAGAGUUGUAGUAUAUCUUGUUAUUCUACAUGAAUUAUUAUAUACAUCGUCCUGGUUAUUUACAAAUUGUAAUAAACUAGGACCAUUUUUGUGCUCCAAAACAGUGAUUUAUUAACACUUACACCCACUUACAGAGAUAUAUACAUCUACAGAGUGUGCAAGUGUUAAGAAUUAAGUUUCCUGAGGCCAAAUUAACAUUUUGUUGAAAACUUUCAACUUCCUGGCUGUAAUUCUAAGGGCUUUUAUAUACACCACAUGUAAAAUGGGUUCAUAUUUAAAAGGCUGACUGAAAACAGCUUGCCAGAUUUUCUGUAUAUAUUAGCCCUAACUCUUCUCAGACAUGAAUGCGUCAUUACGAAGACAGCAGUGAAAAGGCUUGUGCUCAAAUUCAGACUGCAAAGUAAAGGAAGAGAGAUCCGUGCAAGCUUGUCUUCUGCUGAUAGUUCAACCAUGCACCUACUUAUUUUGCCCCACUGAAUGGUGCAGCACAUCUGGAGGAUUUCUGAUGCUCACCUCUAGUUGAGAGAAGGACUUUCCUCUAAACUGGUCCUACAGCAGAUGAGAGCUGUAGCUGCUUGCAAGCAAACCUCGGUAAGGACAACGUAUACGAUGGCAUCAAAAGUUUUGUUUUUUGUUGUUGUUUUUAAAUAGUUCUACUAAUACUUCAGCAGGUAUCACUCUCUACAGAAGAGAUUUUCCUCUUUACAAUUUUAUAUUGCUCUACCACAGCUGCUCACAGGUACUUGGAUUCUUUAAGAUUCUUAAAGCCCAGAGGUGAUGGACACGAGUAAGAAAGAAGGAAGUGUCCUUCCCAGCUGAAGUCCUCAAAGAGGCAACAGUUGCACAGUAACUGCUUUAAGGUGUGUCUGUAUCAAGUUUAAAGACAGAGCCCCAGAAAAUCACAGAAUCGUCUAGGUUGCAAGAGACCUCCAAGAUCAUCUAGUCCAACCUCUGUCCUAACACUAACAAAACCUCCACUAAACCAUAUCACCAAGGACUACAUCUAAACGUCUUUUAAAGACCUCCAGGGAUGGCGACUCAACCACUUCCCUGGGCAGUCCAUUCCAAUGCCUAACAACCCUUUCAGUAAAGAAGUUCUUCCUCAUAUCCAACCUAAACCUCCCCUGGCACAACUUUAGCCCAUUCCCCCUCGUCCUGUCACCAGGCACAUGGGAGAAUAGACCAACCCCCACCUCUCUACAGCCUCCUUUAAGGUACCUAUAGAGAGCGAUAAGGUCGCCCCUGAGCCUCCUCUUCUCCAGGCUAAACAACCCCAGCUCCCUCAGCCGCUCCUCAUAAGACUUGUUCUCCAGACCCCUCACCAGCCUUGUCGCCCUUCUCUGGACUCUCUCGAGCACCUCCAUGUCCUUCUUGUAGCGAGGGGCCCAAAACUGAACACAGUACUCGAUGGACAAGGUCAAAGCAGGAUGGUCUUGCCACACUUCAACGUGGCUGUCAGGUAUCACCACUGCUGGGGUCACAAUUGCACCUGAGAAUGAAGAUGCCGAGUGCACUUCAAUUUUUUGCUCAGCAUGUCAACAAGCAGUAUAUCCACACCAUCUUUUUUACCAUAAUAAAAACCACAAAGCCCUAACUUUGCUGGGCUACAAUAGCUCACAAACAGAGAUGGACAAUGAAACACUUUUAGCUCAGAGGCAGAAGCUAAUUUCAAAAUUGACCAAGCUUCCUAAAUAUUCUGAAAGACAUAAGCAAAAGAUUGAUAUUCAUUUUUCAUUUGAGUUCCUUAUGGACAAUCACAGUCCUACAUCAUAUUGUGAUCUCAACACCAGUCCCAGUAUUCUUAAAAAAAUAAAAAAUUUGUCAAUAAAAGCACUAUCAGUUUGCCAAGAUAAAAAUUCCACAUGGCAGGGAGACAUGGAAGACAGAUUUUUUGUGGUGGACAACUAUAGAAACAGGUCAGAUACGUGUUUUCUGGGGCUAGUUGAUGGCUAUCACGGUGUGACAGCUGCAGAAAUGGUUGCAGCAGAGCUUCCACUUUCAUUUCUUGAUCAGCUUGCUCAAACAGAUUCCUCCUACAAAAAGACUGAGCAAAUUCUAAAUUCUUUUGCCACGGUAAUCGAGGCAGACUACAGGAAAAAGGAGAUGAUUUUUUCUGAUAAACAGGACAAUGGUGAGAUCAACAAGACCAAUAAUUACGAAUGGAUUCACAAAGCAUAUGCCAAAUCCUUCUGGAGAAUGGAUAAACUUUUACGACUGGGAAGGAAUGAAGUUUCCAAAGUUCGAUGGAGCAGCUGCUCAGCUGUUACCUGUUUGAUGGAAAGACUCCCCAGCAAAAAUACAGACAGUAAUGGAAGAAAACACUUUGAAAACAGCACACAUAGUCCAUUAACCAGGACAGCUGAGGAUGUUGCUGGGUUACUGCACAUUGCUAACAUAGGGAAUGUGCAUGCAGUUUUAUGUAAAAAUGGCAAGAGUUACUGCCUCUCAGAAGAGCACAGCACAUCUAAUGUAUGUGAGAGAAAACGCAUACUUCAGAAUGGUGGAAACAUCAGCACUAAUGAACCAGAUGGAUUAGUAGAGGGUCACCUCAGAACUACAAGGGGUCUUGGACAUCAUGGAGAUCCAGUACUGAAAAAAUCUGUUAUACCUGUACCUCAUAGCAUCUCUGUCCCUAUUGAUAAUUCUUGCCAAUUUCUUGUUUUAGCUUCUAAUGGGCUUUGGGAGGUUUUGGAUUAUAAUUAAGUAUGUGCAUUAACACUAACAACAUUCACUCAUUAUUUGAGAAUGUAUGAAUAUGUUCACCGAAACAGGGCCUCUCUGUAUAAGUGUCAGUAUUUGAUGACCCUCUCUGAAGAGGACUUAAAUGGUUCAGAGGUCACUGAUGGUCUGCAAGAUGGAACAGAGACGCUGUACUCCAAUCAAGACAUUUUUCUCAGCAUGUCAAAAGGCAACUUCACACAAAGCAAGCCAAAAUGUUCUAGGAGUAGCUAUUUGCAAAGUGAAGACAAAGUUCCUAAGGAAACUGAUGACCACAAAAACCAAGCUGAUCCAGAGCUGUCUCUCUUCAGUAAUGAUGAAAUAGGUCCACAGAACAGAUGGACAAAACAUCAUAUUAGCACACAAGGUGACUCUGAAGAACUGACACAGUCAGAGAACAGAACAAUUUGUCUAUGUAACAGUUUUCAGCCACAUUCACAUACUGCAGCUCAAGAAGAAACAGACACUGACACUGUGCAACCAAUCCAACCUCAGAAAGAUACAGAAGCAUACCUAUCUAAUUAUGACUCAGACCCACACCUGACAGAAAAAAUGGACUCCAAGAUACUCUGUGACAAACCUGCAAGUUAUACUAGCCAGCAACUGUUAAAGACCACAUUGCCAGUGGAUUGUAAAGCACCAACAAAUUUUGAACAAGACACAAAAAUGUAGUCUGAUUGUGAAUCACAAGCUGCAGGAAGAGGCUGGGUCACCUCUGAGAGGCUCUAUGAGAAAGCAGCAAGCUACAUCAGUGAACAACUGGUAAAGACUGCAUUAGCUGCAGGUUCAAGAGAUAUUACUAUUCUGAUUGUACUUCUAAAUGGAUGCGAUAAGAUACCUACCUACCUCAACAUUUGAAGAUUUAUCAUAUGGUAAGUGGAGUUUCACAGUACAUACAGCACAAGCUUACAUUUAGCUGAGCCAUGAAGUUACACAAAAUCAUCUUAACUGCUGACCAGGGGAAUUAAUCAUACAUCUUCUCUCAAACUGUACAAAUACAAUAAAAGCUUCUGAAAUUCACAGUAAAAAAGAGUAAUCAAAUUUUUUUUUUUAACCAC